AUGAAAGCUUAUGGUAUUUUUAUAGGUACUGGUGACGAAUUACUGAGGUUAAGAAAUCUGGAAUCCCUUGGUUUGAAUGGUAAUCGCUUCAAUGACAGUGCCUUAUCAUCCCUCAAGGGUCUUUCAUCUCUCAAAUCCCUGGAUAUAGCGUACAACAAACUUGAAGGAUCAUUCAAUGUGACUGAGCUGGAUGCUUUGAUCAACUUAGAGAGACUGGAUCUAGAGGGAAACGAGAUUGACAAAUUUGUGUUAUCCAAAGAUACUAGAGGUUUUGGAAAUGUAAGCUUCAUUUCAUUAUCUCAGAGCACCUCAAAUGGAAGAGCUCUACCAUUUACAUUGCUGCAAUCGUUGACGAAAUUCCCAAACCUCAGGACCCUUUAUUUGGAUGAGAAUAAUCUUGAAGGAAGUUUCGGAACAACAUUAGAUAAAGACUUGGCUUCUCUCAAGAAUUUAGAAGAGUUGGAUUUGAGUUUCUCCACUGUCGAUAAUAGCUUUCUGCAAAUAGUAAGGAAGAUUACUACUCUAAAGAGUUUACGCUUGAAUGGCUGUCGACUCAAUGGCUCCAUCCCUAAAGCCCAAGAAUUCGCAGGCCUAUCUCAGUUAAAGCAUCUCCAAAAUCUAGAAAUGAGUGGGAAUGAUCUCAGUGGUGCUUUGCCUUGGUGUUUGGCAAAUUUGACAUCCCUUCAACAAUUACAUAUGUCUUCCAAUAACUUUGUUGGAGACAUUUCCUUCUCUCCUCUUACAAGUCUCACAUCCAUCCGAGAGUUAUCACUUUCAGACAACCACUUUCAGAUCCCCGUCUCAUUGAGCUCAUUUCUCAACCAUUCACAACUCAAGUAUUUCGAUGGUAGCAAUAACGAAAUAUAUGUUGAAGAAUUAGAGGAGCAUAAUUUGGCCCCAAAGUUCCAGUUAGAGAACAACACAAACCUAAAUGAACUCCAUUUGGUCAACAAUUCUCUUUCAGGGACUUUUCAAUUGCCAAUUCAUCCUCAUCAGAAUUUGAAUGAAUUAGAUAUUUCUAACAAUAACUUCGAAAGCCACAUUCCUAGAGAAAUAGCAUCAUAUUUUCCAAGUUUAAUACUUUUAUCCAUGUCUGACAACCACUUCAGUGGUCACGUUCCCUCUUCAUUUGACUUUCUGUUGUAUCUUCGAGUUUUGGACCUCUCAAAUAACAACAUCUCUGGAACCUUACCAUCUUUCUUAAAUUCUUCAGACCUCCUGCAUGUUUAUCUGUCACGAAAUAUGCUACAAGGAUCCCUAGAACAUGCAUUUCAGAAAUCCUUUGAUCUAAUAACGUUGGAUCUUAGCCAUAAUCAUUUGACUGGUAGCAUUCCAAAAUGGAUUGGUGAGUCUUCCCAACUCAGCUUUCUUCUCUUGGGUUAUAAUAAUCUUCAUGGCAGUAUACCCACGCAAUUGUGCAAGUUGAACAAAUUAAGCUUCAUUGAUCUUUCUCAUAAUAAUUUUUCUGGUCAUAUUCUACCUUUCCUAAGAUUUAAAAGCAUUAUUCGGUUCAUCCUCCGCGGAGGAUAUCCUUCUGAGUUUAAUCUUCGAAAACCAUUGGUUAUUGCAACAAAGAGUCUGUCCUAUCCUUAUCCGCCAAGUAUUUUGUACUACAUGACCGGAAUGGAUCUCUCCUGCAACAGUUUGUCAGGUGCGAUUCCUCCUGAAAUUGGGAAUCUCAACCACAUUCGUGUAUUGAACCUGUCCAACAAUCAUUUAAUAGGCCCAAUCCCACAAACUCUUUCAAAUUUGAGUGAAGUUGAGAGCUUGGACCUUUCCAAUAACAGCUUGAAUGGGGAAAUCCCUCCUCAACUUGUACAAUUGCAUUUUCUUGCCUAUUUUAUUGUAGCCAACAAUAACCUGUCUGGUAAGACUCCUGAUAUGGUUGCACAAUUCUCAACAUUCAAUAAGAGCAGCUACGAGGGAAAUCCCUUACUUUGUGGACCACCACUGCUUAACAGUUGCACCAAAGAAGUACCACCACCACCACCUGGGCCUUCUACUGAUGAGAAAGAAGAGAGUAGCGUCAUCAUUGAUGCACAAGUUUUCUGUGUGAGCUUUGUUGUGACGUACAUCAUGGUGCUGUUGGGAAUAGCUGCAGUUUUGUACAUAAACCCAGACUGGCGGCGAGCAUGGUUUUAUUUCAUUGAGAAGAGCAUCAACACUUGCUACUACUUUGUUGCGGACAAUCUUCUUAAGCCAUUCAGAAUCAGAGAAUGGAAGCCUUUGGUAUAAAUAAAUCUCAACUUUGCAUUGUUUCUACAUUUCAAAGGGAAGAUUUAGAUGGUCAAUCUUAUCUCAUCUCAGUAGUAUAAAUAAUGUCUGAAAAGCUGUGUUUUUUAGAGCAAUGUAAUGAAGAAAAUCAUUUCUUCACAAUUUUGCUUUCAGCAUUCAGCAAGUUCUUUCUCAUAUAUCUUCCUUCAAAUCGUAAGAACGAGUAAUGGAUAUACCUAAGACAAACCCAAGGCAUGCAACUCAGUGUAGUUUAUUUGUAGGAGUAUCUGUUGAAUAAGGCAGAAAAUGGUAAAGUUUUCAUUUACCCCGUGUUAACUGGAGAUGUCAACUGGAACAGAGAAGCUCUGGAAUUUAUUUUGUGUGAAUGCUCUGGAAUUGUUAGUUGGACUGAAGCUUUGAAACGAUUCGUAUGUACUUCAAAUUAGGUAGACUAAAGUUUUUUUUGUUAAA